CAGCGGGCAGUUAUUUGAAGAGGAACUCGCCAGAGGCGAAUUGUGUAGUUUCCAUCGUGUUCGAGUCUUUCUUUGUGGUUAUAUGUAAUUCUUGGCGCUUGAAAUGGCUCUAAGCGAUCAACUCAUGAACGGAAAGGAAUCAAAUACACAUCCGGUGGUUUACAUCUCGAGAAAAGAGACUUUUAGUGCGAGUCAUCGUUUACACAGUACGAAACUGAGCGACGAAGAGAAUCGACGAAUAUUUGGGAAGUGCAAUAACAAGAACGGACACGGGCAUAAUUAUACUGUGAAGGUUACAGUUUGUGGACCAGUGGACCCCCUAACUGGCAUGGUCAUGAACUUGACGGACUUAAAAACGCACAUGGGUAGCGUUUUGGAACCUUUGGAUCAUAAAAAUCUUGACUUGGACGUACCAUACUUCAGCGAUGUGUGUUCAACAGCAGAGAAUAUUGCUGUGUACAUUUGGAAGUGCUUAUCAAAACGUCUGCCCGAGGGAAUUUUGUUUGAAGUGAAAAUCGACGAAACUGGCAAGAAUUCUGCUCGUUACAGGGGUGAAAUGAGCGCUAAUCUCCCGUUUGACGUAUUGUAAGCACAAGGAAGAUUGUCAGCAUUAACAGUAGUAUAAUUAGAAUCGUCAUUGUUGUUGAUUUUUUUUCAUGGUAUUCAGAACUAAAUACUAUCUGAAAACUGCGUCAGCAACAUCCGAUUUUACAACUUUUUCAUACAGGAUACUUCUACCUUCUAUGUCAAUAGAUAUCACGGCGAUUCAGUUAAAACAUUUCACUUUCGUUUUGUUGAAAGUUUUUAAAAGAGCUUAGAUAUUUACAUCAACAGUUGAUUGGGGUGUUAUUUUGAGAUCAUGGAAACAUGCUGGUGACAAUUCAGAUGUUUACGUGUUAUCUUAUGUAAAUGCCAAAAAAGUCCACUAUUACUCAGAAAUAAGAUGAACUGCUAAAGCAAAAAUGGGAUUGAAAGUUCACUUACAUAACUUUGAUAUAAAAUAUAGAGGAAAAUCUAAUUUAUACCAUCUGUGAUGAGCUUUAUGAAGUGAUAAUUUUUUCUUGGGUAGGAAAUUUUUAAAAAUGCACACUUUUCUUUUGAUGCACUAAUCCCUCUAAAUGAGAGAAAUCUCAAAUAUAUCUGAUAUGACUUGAGAUUUUCAGUUAGUGCCAUUUUUACCAUGUGCAUGUACCAAUUAUUUAUUUAUUUGUUUAUUUAUUUAUUAACUUUGCCUUACAACAACAAUCAAAAUAAGUAGAUUAAAAAAAAAAAAACAAAAAAAAACCAGAGAAAA